AUGGACGAGCCGGAUGUGGCCAUCUUGUGUCGGUCAGACGAGGAUGAGGUCGAUGUGCGGCAGUCCAGUCUGCUGGAAACCAGCUCUCAAUCGGCUGACGGUCCGAUAACGGACACUGAGCCGAGCAGCUGCUGCUCUGGGAAGAAAGGAAAACCAAACUGCUCCUUCCAGCUGCUGUCUCUGGGGAUUCUGUCCGUCUUGCUGCUGGCCAGCAUCGCCGUCAUCGUCUGGAUCAGCGUUGACAUGAUGAGCCAUAAGGGAAAGCUGGACGACCUGAAGAAAGAGAACAAGCGCCUGAACAUUAAGAAGAGUCUUCUGGAGAACGUGACAGAGCAGCUGAUCGGGGAGCGGGACGACCUGAAGAGGGCGCUGCAGGUCAUCCUGAUGCACGACAACUUCCCAGUAAACCAGUUCUGCCCAGACAAAAAGUGUCUGCCCUGCCAGAAGAGUUGGGAGAGUUUACUGGAAAAGUGUGACCAGUUUUAUGACCAAAACUCCGGUCAGAAUCCUGGGAAAAGAGCCCGACUGUACUGUCAAAACGCAUCCGCAGACCUGGUGGUCGUUGAUAACGUCACAGAUCAGAGUCCUGCCAGUAACCAUGAGAUGAAUUUCUGCUCAUUGGGCCAAACCGACAACAACUGGCUCUGGAUUGAUGGGCGGAAUGAAAGUCUUGGGUUCUGGAUGACCGGAGUGGUUUGGUAUUCCGGUCCGUAUGCCACGGUGAUAACAUGGUGGAAAUCCUCAGUAUUCACUCCAACAUCUCUGUUUGGAAACAUCUUCAGCUGUUAGACUGAAAGUCAGCAGAAGCUUCACAUGAUGCUGUUGUUGCAUGCAGAUUUAUAACUUCAUUUAAUUACA